AGCCCACUGUCACGUGACCCUGGGCUGCUAAAAACAGCUCUAGCACCCGCUCCAAACCAGGGCCUGAAACAAUGUCCUCCACCGAGAGAAACAUAAAGGACACUUGAUCAUACAAUCCUUGGAAUUAUUUCCAGGAAACACUUGCAAGAAGCCAUUUGGAGCAUCCUUCCCCUGGCAGUGCACUCAGGGACGGCCAGGAGAUGAGUGCAUCUCUGAAUUACAAGUCUUUUUCCAAAGAGCAGCAGACCAUGGAUAACUUGGAGAAACAACUUAUCUGUCCCAUCUGCCUAGAGAUGUUCACAAAACCAGUUGUCAUUCUCCCCUGUCAGCAUAACCUGUGUAGGAAAUGUGCCAGUGACAUUUUCCAGGCCUCUAACCCAUACUUGCCUACAAGAGGAGGUACCACUGUGGCAUCCGGGGGCCGAUUCCGCUGCCCCUCCUGUAGACAUGAAGUGGUUUUGGACAGACAUGGUGUGUAUGGACUUCAGAGAAACCUUCUGGUGGAAAACAUCAUCGACAUCUACAAGCAGGAGUCCAUCAGGCCAGAAAAGAAGUCUGAUCAGCCCAUGUGUGAGGAGCAUGAAGAAGAGCGCAUCAACAUCUACUGUCUGAACUGCGAAGUGCCCACCUGCUCCCUGUGCAAAGUGUUUGGUGCUCACAAGGACUGCCAGGUGGCUCCACUCACUCAUGUAUUCCAAAGGCAGAAGUCAGAGCUCAGUGAUGGCAUCGCUGUCCUUGUGGGAAGCAACGAUCGAGUCCAGGGAAUGAUCAGUCAACUGGAGGACACUUGUAAGACUAUUGAGGAUUGCUGCAGAAAACAGAAACAAGAUCUUUGUGAGAAGUUUGAUUACCUAUAUGGCAUCCUAGAGGAGAGGAAGAAUGAAAUGACACAAGCCAUCACCCGAACCCAAGAGGAGAAAUUGGAACAUGUCCGGGCACUCAUCAAAAAGUAUUCCAAUCACCUGGAGAAUGUAUCGAAGUUAGUUGAGUCAGGAAUUCAGUUCAUGGAUGAGCCGGAAAUGGCAGUAUUUCUACAGAAUGCCAAAACCCUGUUACAAAAAAUCUCGGAAGCAUCGAAGGCAUUUCAGAUGGAGAAAAUAGAACAUGGUUAUGAGAACAUGAACCACUUCACAGUCAAUCUCAAUAGAGAAGAAAAAAUAAUACGAGAAAUUGAUUUUUACAGAGAAGAUGAAGAUGAAGAAGAUGAAGAAGGAGGAGGAGGAGAAAGAGAAGAAGAAGAAGAGGAAAUAAUAGAAGUGGAAGGGGUAGAAAGUGUUCAAAUAGAGUCAUCAGGAGAAGAUGAAAGUCCAGAAAAAGCCUCCGAGUCCUCUCAGCUGGCCUUGGAGCUUGAGGCUGCCCUGGGGACACUUCCAGUUUCCUCUCCAGAGCCACUUCCAGCCCUGCCACCUACUGAAGAUGCCUCAGUGACACAGAGUGAGGUUCUGCCCACUAGCUCUCAGCAGAGCACAGAGUCUGAAACUCCAGUCCCUGAAGCAGCGGAAACUGCGGAUCCCUUGUUUUACCCUAGUUGGUAUAAAGGCCAAACCCGAAAAGCCACCACCAACCCACUUUGCACCCCAGGGAGUGAAAGUCCGGGGCAAAUAGGGUCUCCAGGUUCUGAGAAUUCGAAUGUGCAGAUGGCAGAAAUGGCAGACGCCGCAGCCAAUGAGAGGGCAGCAGUGAGUGGUAAGGAAACUAGUUCACCUGCAGCUGCUUCUCAGAUUGGAUCUGAGGCCCCUCCCCUCCAGGGACAGGCAGUAGCUUCAGGGAGUGGGAGUGGAGUUGAUUCUGAGCCAGCUCGCCAUGUCUUCUCCUUCUCCUGGUUGAACUCCCUGAAUGAAUGAUGUUCAUUCCAACUGCUGCCUCUCUGCCUGCCUGGCUGUGAUACACACAGGCAGCAAGGAACCUAGGUGAGAUGAACACAAUGCAGAUGAUGAAUAGGACCUCUCGACAGAAUUCCUGAAAGAAAAAAGAGACUUUAAUUCCAGGUGACUUACCUAACACUGAAGGAAAUAAUUCUUUCAGAAAAUAAUUGCAGAAAGCAUUGGGAUAAAAGAAACUGAAUUUUGUGAAAAUCUGUUGUGUGGGAAACACUAUGAAGGGCAUGUGGGUGUGGUAUGCGUGUGUGUCAGUUAAAAGCGGCCAGUGUCCAAAAAAGUGUGCACUAGACUCUUGACUCCAAUAUGCAUUAACUUUUUGUUAUCAUAGUAGCACUUAUUUCCUUUCCUCUAACAGUG